AUGCAGGCCAUGGACCUGUCCUCCAAGAUCCGCGCGGAUGUGCCGGGCGAAGCCGAACCGGAACUGCGCGACCUAGUGGUUGGCUCCCAGCUCGACUACACCUCGAGCGGCUGGCCUCUUCGCGAGGAGCCCACAGAAGUUACCGAGGAAGAGCAGCGACUGCGACUGCACCACCCUCGCGAGGCUUUCGAGAGGAACUGCAGGGCCUAUCUCCCAGACAUCCUGGCUGCUCUUCGCUGCCACGUGGACGUGCAGGCUUCAGAUGGAAGGGCCAUGAUUCUGAAGUACUGCGCGAGCUAUCUACCGAAGUUCAGCAGCUCCUUCGCGGCCGAAUUGCUCAACAACGAGGCCAGCGACUUCUCUUUGGCGCGCCGUGUGUUAGCAGACUACCAUCCCUUACAACCAGAGAUGGUCCUGCAACUCGCCAUGCAGCAACACCCGCAAUUCCUUUGCCCCGCCACCGUCCGGAAGUUCGUCGUGCCCGUUCCUUGGCAGAAAGAGAUGCCGCAGCUCGUGCAGAAGUACAUGGCGAGUACCUGGAGACGCGACAACAUGAGCCUCCUCGAGUUUCUGCGAAAGUCGGGCAACAACGGCCAGAUUUCGCAAAGGUACCGUCGCAUGCAUAGCCACCGCAAGAUCGGCAUGCCCCUCAACGACUGGAUCAACGUGCACCCGGCAGACGGCAAGACGCUGGUCGCCAACGUGAUGUACGCUCACACCAACGAUCGGCACUACGGCCAAUGGCUGCUGCUGAACGUGCCGUUCCGCAAUGUCGACGAUCUCUGGCAUCCACAGGCGCACAAGCUGCCCGAGAACCUUAAGUAUCUGGGCCUCUGCGUGCUGCAUCGCCGACGCUUCUGGCGAGACCCUCAAAGGAUUCGAUCCGAGCUAGAGAAGGAGGCUCGUAGCGAAACGUACAUCCAGAACACACUGGCCAUGUUGGCCGCUCGCAUCGAGCUGAUCGACGCGUACCUGUCCGGAGAAAUGACGGUGGAAAGAACCCCGGCGCCUGCGUUGGGAGGGGUCGCACGAGUAGCAAGCAGCACAAUCCAUGUGGCGCCGGAGCAGAUGAACGUCAUAAACAUCAUCCGCCGAAGAGUUCGACACGCGCUGCUGGCAAAGUGGCCGGAUGACCACAACAUCGACUCUUGGAACGCCUGGCUGGACCGAGAGGGAUCCGCCAAUGCGGCGACGGUCGUGUUGGGACCGGCCGGCAGCGGGAAGAGCACGGCCGUGGAAAUAGCCCUGGACGAGGCCGUCAACACCGGUGCUCACGUCGGCGUCGCCUGUCCAACAGGCAUGCUGGCAACUCGGUACAGAGCUCGCCACCCCGACUUGGACAUAGACACAGUGCACGGGAUGUUCGCAUUGCACAAAGACGAGCUCGCAACCGCAGACAUCAUGAAAAUGUACGACCUCAUCGUGAUCGACGAGAUCGGGCAGUUGCCCGUCUGGAUUUUCGACCGACUGCUCCGACUCUGGGAUGCCGCCGAUCGGCGCCCGGCUCUCGUGUUCGUGGGGGACUUCUGCCAGCUGACGGGAGCAGAUGGAACCACGGCAAGGGACAGCGCCAGGUGGCCGCAUAUGAAUGUUUCGACGCUGCACGAGAUGAGACGGUGCAAAUGCGAUCGCUUGAAAUGGAAGCUGCAACUCCUGCGAAGUGCAAUCCCAGACGGAAGACAGUUGAAAAAGAUCCUCAGAGGUCAUCGCGCCAACCUUCGGACCAGAUCCGCUCGCGGCAACACCCUGGAUUCCGACGACGUGGCCAUGGUUCUGAAAGAGACACCCAGCACCACCUUCGUCACCAUCUCGCGACGAGGAACAGCCAAAGUGAACCAGCACGCAGUGCGUGCGCUGUUUUCCGAUGCAGAAAUCCUGGGGCGCAUACCAUGCGAUCCGCAGGAGAACUUCGGUAACUUCCGAGGCAACGUACAAGUGGAUGCGCAGCCAUUCCGGAUGCCGGUCUACGAAGGAAUGCGAGUGACCAUCACCAGAAACACGGACAAAGAGAACGGCUUCGUGAACGGCAUGGGUGCAGUCGUGGAACGUAUGAGGAACAGCGGAGUGCAGGUGAAGACGGACGAAGGAAAAGUGCUCCUAAUUCACCCCAUCGCACAGGAGUGCAGCUUGCAAGACGGCACCUGUCUCACCACCACCGCUUUUCCUUUGCGCUUGGGAUACAGCACUACCUUGCACAAAAUCCAAGGUGCGACGUUGCCCCACAUCACCAUAUGGAUGGACGUUCCCUUCGUGCGUGCAGCACUAUAUGUGGCACUCUCGCGGGUACAGCACGACCGCGAUUGGCGUUUCGUAGGAAGCAUCGAACGGCGGCACUGCCUGCCAGCGGCAUUCUGA